AUGAGCCAGGGCGACUUUCCCGACACCACCGACGCCGUCCUCGAGUCCGUCGACAUUUACUACAUCCUCUUUGCCAUCGCCCCGUUGGCCGUCAUCAGCGUGGCCUCUGCCCUGAUCGACGACUCGGUUCUCGUUGGCCUGCGUCGCCCCUCGGUCGAGUCGCCCACCACCUUCCACUGGUCGCUGCUCAAGCUGUGGCAUCCCAGGUGGCAAGUCUUGAAGGCCACGGCGCCCCGCCCCUCAUUCUUUGGCAACGCCUGGUCCCUCGGCGAGGUCCUGAUUGUUGCGCUUCUGGUCAUCAGCAACCUCGCCUGGGUCUUUGUGCCCAUCAUCCAGUCCCCGCCAUCGUCGGUUCCGGCCUCUGCCGCCUUGUACAACUGGGUCCAGCAGAUCACCACCCAGACAGCCUGGGCCGGUCUCUGGGAUGCCGGACUGUGCAUUCUGUUUGUCGUUCGCGAGAAUCUCAUCACCAAGAAGGCGCUCGGCCACAACGCCGGCCAGUACCACAGAUCCAACCGCUUCCACAUCGGCCUCGGAUACACCAGCUUCCUCUUGAUCACGGCGCAUGCCAUCUUCAACAUCGUUGACUUUAUCAACAAGGGCCGAGUGCCAAAGAGCUUCUUCCCGUGGGCGUCGAACUAUGGCUAUGGCAACCUGGGUGGCCUGCUUGCCUGGCUGUCGCUGCUGGGCAUUGCCGCCACAUCGGUCUACAAGGUUCGACGCAGCAACUACAGGGUCUUCUACUGGACGCACCAGCUCUACGUCACCUUCUUCCUCUUCGCCCUCAUCCACAAAGGCACCAACCUGGCCUAUCCCUUCAUUUUCCCCUGUUUGUACUUUGUAUACGACCGUCUCCGUGCCCGUGUCUACUUCCGCCGUUUCAAUGCCACUGCCUCGGUUCAAAAGACCCUGUCCGACACCAUCAUCAAGGUCGACAUCCCCAUCGCCGAUGCCUGGCAGGGUGCGAGCACCUAUGCCCCCGGCGACUGGGUCAACAUUUGUGUGCCGCAAAUCUCGGCGCUCCACUGGCACCCCUUCAGCAUCGCCUCGUACUGCCACGACACCCCCGACCGCAUCACCCUGCUCAUCAAGGUGGGCGGCAAGUGGACGACAAAGCUGGCCAAGCUCUGCGAGCAUCAGGACAAAGUCCAUGUCCCCAUCAAGGUCGACGGUCCCUUUGGCUCCCGCAGCGUCUCCUAUCUGCAUCACGAGCGACUGCUGAUGCUCGUCGGCGGAAGCGGCAUCUCUGCCGUCCUCCCCUUCAUCUACCACUAUACCAUCGCCGGCCCGGCGUCUGGAAAGAUGCGCUUGAUCUGGACUGUCAAGGACGAGUCCACGGCGCUCGCCUACUCGAGCUUCUUGCUUGACUAUGUCAACAAAUCGACUCUUCUGAGCAGCAAACUGACGCUGGAUCUCCACAUCACUGGAUCCAUGAAGACCGACCCCGAUACCGACAGCCCCGACCACAUCGACAGCGCCAAGGACAUGGACGCCGACCAUGCCAAGGCCGUCAAGGACAAUGUCAUUCUCGACGACAAGAUUGCCAACAUCACCAAGCGCAAGGCCCACUGGAAAGCACGCCUGACCGACUUGGCUCUGGCUUGUGUCGUCUUUGGCUUUGGCAUCGCUGGGUUUGUGAUCGGCAUCUUGGUCAGACCCGCUGGCGCAGAGGCCGACAAGUGCGACUCCAACACCGCCUUCAAGCUCGUGGGACUGGACCACUUCCUCUGCUGGUAUCUGGAGCCCCUCUCCAGCAGCGUGCUCUCGAUUGCCUUUGCGACCAUUGCCGGGCUCCUGUUCCUGCGUCUGUUUGUUACCGGCGGCAGCUCGAGCGCGCCGAAUGCCGCUUUGAGCGCUGCCGAUGACUCCGACUCUGCCUCUCACCUCUCCGAGGGCGGCGUGCUCCACAAUCUCAUCCUCAAGCUCAACGUCAACCGUGCCCGCCCCGACUUCAAGGUCGUCACCGAGGAAAUGGACAAAUACGCCGGCGAGAAGGGCACCAAUGUGGCCGUGCUCGGUGCCGGGCCCGAACGACUGAUGAGGACCCUUCAGCACAUUGUCGUGGGAUGCAAGCACCUCGACUGGUACCGAGAAUCGUGGAAGGUGUAAUGUUGGUGGUCUGACCAUGUUGCUGCGGCCCUGAUCCGAACCACCCCACCUCCCUCCUGUCUAUGUCACUGUUCCCGCCGCUCUAUCGAAUAGCUUCUGUGUAUCUCUCUUCAACUGUCGUCCUCUUUCGUUCGAUUCCUCCCUUUCUCCCUCGUUGCUCACCGUCCGGCCGUCCAAGCGGCGCGUCUGGAUUCGUGUAUUUGAUUUGGAAAUGCGUAUGGCUCCUAUUGGCCUUGCAAACAAUAUAAUCC